AUGGAAUCUGUAUUUUCAGCUUUCAUCCGCGUUCUGCGGAAUCUGGAUACUGCCGAUGGGCUACUCGCGAUAUUUCAAGAAUUUGAAAAAAAGCCCUCGGUUCUAAGUGCAGAGUAUCGUAUUCGACUUCUUGACUUUCCCGAUCUUGCGACGCAAGAGGCCGCCGAGUCCCCCAGAGACCUCACUACCCCUGAAAUCGAUCUAUUACGAGAUCGCUACUGGAGCAAUCUUACUUUCGCAGAAAAAGACGCAUUUGAGGAUGCUCUGUUUGAAUUGCCUAAGAACUCUGAUCAGGAGGAUGGCACGGACACUGUAAAUCGCCUGAGGGGUUUUCAGACCUAUCUCUACGAGAAGUUUGAAGGCCAGGCAAUCGCGAAUGCGCACGACGAGGAUGAACGACGCCGUCAAGAAGAGUGCGAAGAUGAGAAACAACAGGACCUGCAGACAAUGUUGCAACACGGGCAUCCAUGGCUGCGUCGGCUAUGGGAAGAAGAUGGAGAUGAAAAACACUGGGGCUAUGCAAUUUUUGAGAAUCCCCAAUGGAAGGCGGAGGAUCCUGAUCGGUGGGAGUCAUAUGAGCGAAAAUCGGACAAGGCAAAGAAUAUGGCUUUGGGUGCGAUUUCCUGCGGUUUUACGAUUCAAUCGAAUUACUUGAUUGAGGAUUUAGAUUGGCCUGCUGAAGCACCUACUGAAGACGACAAAUUCCCUGUCGUCGUCCUUGGCGAAUUACGGAAGCGGUUUAAUUAUUUGCGGUCCUUGCCCCCGAAAAAGGAAGCAUGGCUUCUUGGCAGUGAUUGUAGUGAUUGCAGUGAUUCGUCGGCGGGAACUAUGAACAAAAUUCCUGAAGGUCUCACGGUGGGAACUUUGCGGAAUGUUUUUCUAUAUCUAGAUGGAAAUUCUGCAGCGUCUGUUCUGGAGAACCGGUUGGCAGAUGAUUUCUGGAUCUGGGCUGUCGAUCCGGACCAUGUGGAAGAUAGUGAAAACCAAAGCUCCAGUGGAUACAAAGGUUUCUUGCGUGUUCGCCUGCAGCAGCUUCUAAACAACUUUUACGUCGCUCGGCGUUGGCAUGCCGAUGAGGUCUCUUUGGAAGACUUGUGGAAAGCGGCGCAGAAGGAUCCGCACAAUGGCUCUUUUGUUUCAUUGGAAGAUGAGGAGAUAUUUGCGCAGAACUUAGACUGGGAAGUUGCAACUGCUGUUCGAUCCAAAAACGCAUGGGAGGGUCAAGUGGUUUGA